UCCCACCACUAAAUUUACUGGUUUCUUUACAUUAAGCAAAAAUUGUGUUGUGAGCUUGGUAAGAACAAAUUUGCAUUUAUUUAUUUCUUUCUUUUAUUUUUUAUUUAUUAUUUUUGUAGGAUAUUGGUGCUGGUAGGCAAUGGAUAAGUUUUUGAGAGACGCUAGUGGCAAAGAUCGCAAAUCAACAGACAUUGACGAAGGAGAAACACAAGUAAAAAGGACAAGGUAUGGACAGUCGGAGGUGUGGAAAUUUUUUACCAAAUCGUGUAAUGGUUCAGCAAAAUGCCUAAAAUGUGGAAAAGUAUAUCUUACAAGUGGCAAUACCAGUAAUUUAUCUGGCCACUUAAAGCGAAUGCAUCCGACGCUAACUAUAAGCGAGCUUCCUAAGGAGACAGGGUCUAUUUUAUCGUUUAUAGAUAAAAAAUAUGAACCGUCUUCAAAUAGGAAGAAAGCUCUCGACAGUGCGCUGAUGUACUACAUAAGUUCAGAUAUGCGACCAUUUUCGGUUGUCGAGAACAAAGGAUUCCGACACCUUGUCAAAGCUCUUGAUCCAAGAUAUGAGUUGCCAUCUAGAUCGAAGUUGCGGGAUUCUUGCAUGACAGAUCUCUAUAAAAAAAAUGAGAAAAUCUCAAGUCUGUCCUUGAUCGCGUGGAACACUGCGCUAUAACAACUGAUUGCUGGACCUCACGUGCUAACGAAAGUUAUCUUACAGUCACGUGCCAUUUUAUUACAGAAAACUUUAUGUUACGCACAGCAGUUUUGUCCACCAAAAAACUCUUAGACGAGACUAAUCAUUCAGCCGAUAACAUAUCCCUAACCCUGCGUGAAGUCCUGAUAGAAUGGCAAGUAAUUGAAAAAGUGACUGCAGUAGUGACGGAUAACGCCAGAAGUAUGAUCAAAGCUUGCGAACUGUUACAAAAACGGCACGUGCCAUGCUUUGCGCACUGCAUAAACUUGGUUGUCCAAGGCUGUUUAUCCAAAGAAAAAAUUAAAAACGUAAUAGGGAAAUGCAAGAGUAUUGUGUCGUUUUUCAAGAACAGCUCUAUAGCGUAUGCCAAAUUUAGAGACGAGCAAAAAAUAGAGAAGCCCUAUAAUUUAAAACAGGAGUGUCCCACAAGGUGGAAUAGUGCUUUUUAUAUGGUAGAGCGCAUUUUAAGUACUCAUGCCGCCAUCGCAAAGGUACUGCUGAACACCCCAAAAGCAGUGUUGCCACUAUCUGCGGACGAGAUUCUUGUGUUGGAGGACUUAAAGCUUCUACUCGCUCCUUUUGACCACGCGACAAAAAGGGCAUCAUCGAGUAGUUCAGUGACAACAUCAAUAAUUAUUCCAAUUGUAUACGGACUUAUACAUAAUUUAGAAAAAAUUAAUGUCCGACUGGUCUCUGAUGAUGGUCGUGAGGCAUACAAUUCAUUAAUGGAAGGAAUUCGACAAAGACUUACGCAAUACGAAAAACGCACAGUCACGCGAAUAGCAACUCUUCUGGAUCCCAGAUUCAAAAAGGAGGGCUUUCUGUCGAUUGCGAAUGCCAGCGAAUCCCAAAAAAUUUUAGAAAAUGAGCUUGCUACCCUCUACUGCGUUUUGCCCGCGUCUCCCACUAACGACAUACAAUGCUUGCCAGCACCGAACUGCAGCUCUACAGAACCAGAGCUUUUUGAGUUCUUGGAAGAAAAUAUUUCAAAAAAAGUACGGAGUGGACGAGUGGACUCUAUUUUGGCACUUCGUCAAUAUUUUAUGUCCGAAAAUUUAUCAUCAUCAUCCAGUCCAUUAGACUAUUGGAAGGUAAUGUUUCUCAGAUAUAAGA